GUCAAUUUGGUAGCUUCAGGAGAGACACAUUUGCCAGCUUGUCAAGUCCACCACCAUUUCAUUUCUCCUUCUCGAGAAGGUCCUUGUUUUUCUUUUACCUUUCUAUCCUCAUCUAAAGUCCUGUGCACCUCGACAGGACAUCUCAACCCUCCUAUUCUAUCUGUCGCGCACACCAAAUCGCAACCAUGAGCGGUCUCCGUUUCCUCGAUCUCAUCAAACCCUUCACGCCCCUCCUUCCGGAGGUGGCUUCACCGGAGUCCAAGAUCCCUUUCAACCAGAAGUUGAUGUGGACAGGAUGUACACUUUUGAUCUUCUUGGUCAUGAGUCAAAUGCCUCUUUACGGCAUUGUCUCCUCUGACACCUCAGAUCCAAUCUACUGGCUGCGUAUGAUGUUGGCCAGUAACAGAGGAACGCUGAUGGAGUUGGGAACGACACCUAUCAUUUCUUCAGGAAUGGUCUUCCAGCUUUUGGCUGGUACCCACCUCAUCGAUGUCAACCUCGACCUCAAGUCCGACCGAGAGUUGUACCAAACCGCGCAAAAGCUCUUUGCCAUCAUCCUCUCCUUCGGCCAAGCCUGCGUCUUCGUCCUCACCGGUCUGUACGGACAGCCAAGCGAUCUUGGUGCCGGUAUCUGUCUCCUCCUGAUUGUCCAGUUGGUCAUCGCAGGAUUGGUCGUCAUCCUCCUGGAUGAGUUGCUACAAAAGGGUUACGGUCUCGGAUCUGGAAUCUCGCUCUUCAUCGCUACCAACAUCUGUGAGUCGAUCAUCUGGAAGGCAUUCUCCCCAACCACCAUCGACACUGGCAGAGGAAAGGAGUUUGAGGGCGCAGUCAUUGCUCUAUUCCAUCUACUCGUCACCUGGCCUGACAAGACCCGCGCUCUGCGUGAGGCUUUCUACCGACAACAUCUCCCCAACGUCAUGAACCUUCUAGCCACUCUGACAGUCUUUGCUGCUGUCAUCUACCUGCAAGGCUUCCGUGUCGAGAUCCCAGUCAAGUCCUCCCGCCAACGUGGCAUGCGCGGCUCCUACCCUAUCCGUCUCUUCUAUACCUCCAACAUGCCCAUCAUGCUGCAAUCAGCUCUUGCGUCCAACAUCUUCAUGAUCAGUCAAAUGCUCUACACUCGCUUCUCUGACAACUUGUUGGUCAAAAUGAUCGGUACCUGGGAACCAAGAGACGGAUCAUCUCAACUCUAUGCUUCCGGCGGUGUCGCCUACUACAUGUCUCCUCCUCUCAACUUCCGCGACGCUCUCCUCGAUCCUAUCCACACCGUCAUCUACAUCACAUUCAUCGUUGUGACUUGCGCCGUCUUCUCCAAGACUUGGAUCGAGGUUUCUGGAUCUGCUCCACGCGAUGUUGCCAAAACGCUUAAGGAUCAGGGUUUGGUGAUGGCAGGUCACCGUGAGCAGAGCAUGUACAAGGAAUUGAAGCGUGUCAUCCCAACUGCUGCGGCAUUUGGUGGUGCUUGCAUUGGAGCCCUCUCCGUUGCCAGUGACAUGCUUGGCGCUUUGGGAAGUGGCACUGGUAUCCUCCUUGCUGUCACCAUCAUCUACGGUUACUUUGAGAUCGCAGCUAAGGAAGGUGACUUUGGUGGGAACCUGAAAGGUCUGAUUGCCUAGUAGACAUCAGCAUCUAGAACAGGUUGUUGGGGGAUGAUAUGUUUAUGAACACAAAAGCAUUGCUUUUAUGAUGCAUAGCAAGGAUCUAAGUUGGGAAGAAUUGUGAGGCUAGGAGGAAAUAUUGUAUAGUAGAAAUAUGUGAGACUCUACAAGGACUGAGACAGCGCCAGUAUCAAGAAUAUAAGAGU